AUGAACAACGACGAGAACUUAUCAAUGAUCGAAGCUCUCUUGACCUCCGACGUAUGGCCUCCACCACCUUUACCUCCGGCGAACAACCUUAGCCUCGAGACCACUCUCCAGAAGCGUUUACAUAAUGUGUUGAAUGGUACUCACGUGCUUUGGACUUACGCUGUUUUCUGGAAACCGUCGUACAAUCUCCUUUCCGGAGACUCAGUUCUCAAAUGGGGAGACGGAGUUUACAAUGGCGGCGACGAGGAGAAGAAUGGACGUAGGAUGAGGAGGAGGAAGAAGAAGACGGUUCCGUCGUCUCCGGAGGGGAAAGAGCGUCGGAGUAAGGUUCUCCGGGAGCUUAACUCGAUGAUCUCCGGCGAACCUUUUCCGUUGGUUGAAGUAGACGAUGUCAACGAUGAUGAUGACGACGAUGUUGAAGUGACUGAUACGGAGUGGUAUUACUUGGUUUCAAUGACGUGGAGUUCUUGUAACGGAUCCGGGUUAGCGGGUAAGGCGUUUGAUACGUGUAACCCGGUUUGGGUUACGGGUUUGGAUCAGAUUUACGGGUCGGGUUGUGAUCGGGCUAAACAAGGAGGGGGUUUAGGGUUACAAACCAUUGUAUGUAUUCCUUUGGAUAACGGAGUGUUGGAGCUUGGAUCCACGGAGCUUAUCCGACACAACUCGGAUCUUUUUAAUAAGAUCCGGUUCUUGUUUCAUUUCGAAGGAUCCAAAGAUUUAUCCGGAGCCCCGACUUCAACUCAGUUUCGUUCAAGGAUCCACAACCCAAACACGAACCCUAGUCCGGUUUACCAACCGAUUCAGAUGAAUAUCUCCGGAGAAGAGUUUAACCGGAUCAAUGCGACGGUUAUACCGGAAAAAAAACCGGGGAAAAAGCGAGGGAGAAAGCCAAAUCAUGGUAGAGAGAAGCCGUUGAACCACGUGGAAGCAGAGAGGAUGAGACGCGAGAAGCUAAACAAUCGUUUCUACGCGUUACGAGCGGUUGUACCAAACGUAUCGAAGAUGGACAAAACAUCCUUGCUCGAAGACGCGGUUCGUUACAUAAACGAGCUGAAAUCAAAAGCCGAAAACUCGGAGUCGGGGAAAACCGCGGUUGAGAUUCAGCUCAAGGAGCUUAAGAAGGUAAUGGAACUACAAAACGCGACUUCUUCUAGCGUUUGUAAGGACAAGGAGAAAAAAUUGUCGGAGUUGAAGAUGGAAGUGAAGGUUAUGGGAAGUGAUGUGAUGAUUAGAGUGGAGUCCGGUAAGAGAAACCAUCCAGGAGCAAGAUUCAUGAAUGCUUUGAUGGAUUUGGAGUUAGAAGUGAACCAUACCAGCAUUUCUGUGAUGAACGAUCUUAUGAUACAACAAGCGACUGUGAAGAUGGGAUUGAGAAUCUACGAGCAAGAACAGCUUAGGGAUAUGUUGAUAUCCAAAAUAAGUUAA